AUGACAAGUGCUGCGGUGCCCGACUACGAAGAGUACCCACAGUAUUGCUAUCACUUGUCGCCGACCAUCACCAAGUGGUGCCCGUUUCGGGCGAGCGAUAUCCCGCAGCUGCGAUGGCAUCCCGGGUUCCAAGGCCAAGAUGAUACCUUCUUCCACCUGAACCACCCCAUCCGAUGGGUGCGCGUGGUUGGGGUCGUGGUGGCAAUUGAUUCCUUUCAAACUCGCCGUGUCUACACAGUAGACGACAGCACUGGAGUAUGCAUCGAGUGCUCCGUCAGCAUCCCCCAGCCUGCCGACCCGAAGCACACAGCGCAUACUGCUGUCAAGGCAGAGUCCGCCGCGGAGCCGGCAGCAGAUCUGUACCCCGAUGUCGACGUAGGCAUGGUCGUCGACGUCAAAGGGAACCUGAAGCUGUUUCGGGACCAGAAGGUGAUCAAGAUCCAGAAGCUGCAGAGGAUCCGGUCGACAAACCAGGAGGUCCAGUUCUGGAACAAGAUCAGGGACUUUAGAUCGGAGGUGCUGAGCAAGCCCUGGGUCCUGGACAGGAAGGUUCUGCGCCGCCUGGAGAAGGAGAACAAGACAGACGCGGACAGCAAGGGCAGGGAGAACAAGAAGAGGCGGCAUAGGCGCGAGGAGGACGCCAGAUCUCAUGCUACAGGAGGAGACCGCACCCGUUCUCGAAACGCGUAUGGAGGAUCGUCAUUGAGGAAACCAUACCAACCAUCAAAGUUACGUUCAGUAGCGGCCGCUGAUGACAGUCAAUACGACGCUUUGGGAUUAUGA